AUGAAGUUCAAUCCCUUUGUGACUUCUGAUUGGAGCAAGAAUCGUAAAAGAUAUUUAAAUGCACCUUCCUACAUUCACAGGAAGAUUAUAUCUUCUCUUUCCAAAGAGCUGAGACAGAAGUACAAUGUUCGAUCCAUGCCCAUCCAAAAGGAUGAAGUUCAGGGUGUACAAGAACACUACAAAGGUCAGCAGAUUGGCAAAGCAGUCCAGGUUUACAGGAAGAAAUACGUCAUCUCCACUGAACAAGUACAGCAAAAGAAGGCAAAUGGCACAAGUGUCCACGCGGCCAUUUACUUUAGCAAGGUGGUUAUGACUAGACCAAAAAUGGGCAAAGACUGUAAAAAGAUCCUUGAACAUAAAGCCAAAUGUCACCAAGUAGGAAAGGAAAGGGCAAAUAUAUAA